AGAAGUGGCUUCAUUAAGAGAGUUACCAUUCCCUUGACUUGGUUUAAAUUUCCUUGGUUGCAGAGUAGCUUAAAUUCUUACCAAGUCACCUUGAUUUUCACAUUUAACAUAGUCAUCAUCCUUAAAGGACGGCCUAAGAUUCGGGUUCAGACACCUUCAUAGGAAGCAAUUAAUUCAAGGAAGCUUUGAAUUUAGUGAAAACUGUCUUCUUUUCCUUCUUGAGGGUUCAUCUUCUAGUACUAGUACUGGUUCACAGCUUGGGUCCUGCUCUACUGUUCCAUUAAUAAGUUUUAGUGCUUGUUUAGUCUCAUAAAGAGAAGGGUUUUAAGGGAGAAAGGAAGAGAAACCAUGGAUGAAAAACAUGAUGCAGAUAAGGUGGAUGAUGUUAUGCUUCCUGGGUUCCGGUUUCAUCCGACCGAUGAAGAGCUUGUUGGGUUUUACCUGAAGAGGAAAGUACAGCUGCGUCAGCUUGCAAUCGAGCUUAUUAAGCAAGUUGAUAUCUAUAAAUAUGAUCCCUGGGAUCUUCCAAAACUGGCACCUACUGGGGAGAAGGAGUGGUACUUCUACUGUCCGAGGGACCGGAAAUACAGGAACAGCGCGCGGCCAAACAGAGUCACGGGAGCUGGAUUUUGGAAGGCUACCGGAACAGACCGUCCGAUUUACUCCUCUGGUGGCACCAAAUGCAUUGGUUUGAAAAAAUCACUUGUGUUCUACAGAGGCAGAGCUGCUAAAGGGAUCAAAACUGACUGGAUGAUGCAUGAGUUUCGACUUCCUUCGCUCUGCGAUCCUUCACCACCAAAGAAACUCUUAGACAAAAGCUUUCCUGCAAAUGAUGCUUGGGCUAUUUGUAGGAUAUUCAAGAAAACCAAUUCAAUGGCGCAACGAGCACUUUCGCUCUCCUGGGUGUCGCCGUUUCCAGCAGAAGUUCCAAGAUCAGAUGUUCUUAAUCAAGAGGGAUACUGUCCUCAGUUCAGUUCAGAGAACAUAUCUUGCACAACUGAAAUCGGAUCAGUCAUCCCAUUUAGCAGCAACAAUGGAUUACAACAUGCAUCUGCCGCGACUUUCGCUGCUUUAGACGUCCUCUCACACAAACCACUUCAUCCUACAUUCUACAAACCAUCUCUAAUCCCCAACUCAAACGGAGAGCUUCCAAAUAGUUUCAUGUUUUCGCAGUCUGAGCCCACCAAAUGUACAGUUGACACUUCUUCCAUGCUACUCAACCAGGCCUUAGUUGGGGAUAUCAGUAAAGGCUGCUCAGAGACCGUAGAUUUUUCAGGGCCUCAACAGUUCAAUGGCUUCUCAAUCAGUAUGCACCAAAAUAUGCAAGGAACUAUGGAUCAGGGAGGCUUGAGAAAGAACCAAAGUGAAAGUCAUGAUACUAACCAGUGGGGGACACUUGGAUCUCCUGGAUUCCCCUUCAGUUUGCCUUCUGGUGUAUCUAAUGACUGGAAACUUGAUUUGCCUUGGGACUCUAACUCACCACCUUGUAUUAGUGAUAUGUCUACUUCUUACUCCACAAACAAAUGCUAUGCUUAAAAAGAUGUUUAAUUCAGUUU